AUGGAGUUCAGCCAAGAACGGAAGGAAGAUGGUGCAAGAACCCCGAGCUCAGAGGCUGAUGACGUCGAAAAAGAGCUGCACAAUAAGCGCACCGGCGCCAACGGCGACGACGACGAGGGAACAAGGCAGCCGUACAAGUGCACCUUCUGCAUGCGGGGGUUCCCGACGGCCCAAGCGCUGGGUGGCCACAUGAACGUCCACCGUAAGCACAGGGGGAAAUCAGGACCGACCGUCGCCGCAGCGGCUCAAGGAAGCAGCAAUUGCUAUGAGCAAUACUCGACGACGCUUGUGGCGAUCGGCCAAACUCAUCCGGCGGCGAGUGCGAGCGAGGUGCCGUCCACGGCGGCCUGUGAAAGCUUGUUCCAUGCCGAACGGGUGGCGCCGCAAGAGCUGCGGCUGUUCGGCCCUUACUGCGCCGCUGGUCGUGGCAAAGAAGACCGACGAGAUCAUCAGUACUUCUCGAAGGAUAGCGAUGGUGAUUAUGGUGAAGGGGAGGAUCUGGAUUUGGAGCUCAGACUUGGGGGUGCUGGUUCAUGA